AUCUGCAGACAGACGAUCAGAUCGGCUGAUCUGCCUGACCUCAGAUCUGUGAUGUGCUCAGAUAUUCAAACGUCCUCUUGAACUCUGAUGACUCAGAAGCUCCAUGACGGCGUAACGAUCAUAAACACGCUGUGAUACCGGCGCCGUGUCCUUGUGGCUGAUACGGAUCGGUGAGCUUCAAACAGCUGCUGCUGCUGCACACCGAUCUGCAGGAGCAGAACAGCUUCUCCAAGCCGGUACAAAGAAUUUGCUUCUAAAGGAACCGCAGGACGUUCUCCCCAAGUACCUGAAACUACUCCAACGGCUAUGUGGGGAGCCGCUCCGCUAUUUCUUCUGACAGGACGUUUUUCCUCCCUUUUCCAUGAGAAAGGGGUCCUCAGGACACGUGCUUCGAAGGCGGAGUGUUUCCAGCCAUCCUCAGCUUCCCCUCCGAUUACCCCCUCAGUCCUCCAAAGAUGAGGUUCACCUGCGACAUGUUUCACCCCAACAUCUAUCCGGACGGUCGGGUCUGUAUCUCCAUCCUCCACGCUCCGGGCGACGAUCCGAUGGGAUAUGAGAGUAGUGCAGAGAGGUGGAGUCCAGUCCAGAGUGUGGAGAAGAUCCUGCUGUCUGUGGUCAGCAUGCUGGCAGAGCCCAACGAUGAGAGCGGAGCGAACGUCGACGCCUCCAAAAUGUGGCGGGAAGAUCGAGAGCAGUUCAACAAGCUCGCCCAGAAGAUCGUACGCAAGUCUCUGGGCCUGUAGAGAUGAUGUCAUCAGCCCGCGCCCUGUGUGUGUGUGUGUACAGCAGAAACAAAUGGCAUGGACAGACACACACACACAGGGCGCUCGGUAUGGACAGAUCAAUAAAUAAACUGAUGGAUGGAAGCCGAUCAAAGGACACAAACCAAACGCGAUGACAUCACCACCACCUUCACUCCGACAGCAGCAGCAGAAACGGCGCCGUCUCCUCUGCAGGACAAUAUUUAUCAAUAAAUUCAUGAAAAGAUCAAUUUAAACUUUGUUUGUAUAGGAUAGAAAUGAUGUUUUACCUGAAGCUGUUGUCCCAUGGCGCCCCCUGCUGUGCCGCCUGGUGCUGUCAGUGUACAGUCGUCGACACAGAGGGGAGCCGGUCUGAAGUCCAGGAAGUUUCUCAUCAUUCCGAUCUGGUUUAAAGUUCAGGGAUUCAGACUGCUGACGGAUCGAAAGAGUCCUGGAACCGCAGUACCCCGCCCCGCCCCCUGCUUCCUGUUUCUGUUCGUUUGCUGCUGUUGGCGAGAAAUCGUUUCUGAUCCGACUGGUUGAUAAACGUGGACUCGGACUGGACGUCCGGUCGGACGGAAGCACGUCGGCUUCUCUCAGCAGGACUUCAUGCACUUUAUGUCUUCCUGAAGGAGGACGUCACGAUGGUUCAGCUCGCCGAGGAGCUGAUGGGAGCGCAGAGCUUUAGUUUGAAGGGUUUCUUUGAAUUUGUCUGAUUUAACAAACGAUUAAUAAAAAAUACCAAGAGUA